ACAACUCUCUUUCUCUCUCUCUAACCUUUAUUAUUUUUCUCCGUCUUUUAGAAAGAAAAAAAAUGUCUGCAGAAGUUGAGUACCGGUGCUUCGUCGGGGGCCUAGCAUGGGCCACCGGAGAUGCUGAGCUAGAGAGGACGUUCUCACAGUUCGGCGAAGUUAUCGAUUCAAAGAUCAUUAACGAUCGUGAGACUGGGAGAUCAAGGGGAUUCGGAUUCGUGACCUUCAAGGAUGAGAAAUCCAUGAGGGAUGCUAUCGAUGAGAUGAACGGGAAGGAGCUCGACGGUCGUACCAUCACCGUCAACGAGGCUCAGUCCAGAGGAAGCGGCGGUGGAGGAGGCCGUGGCCGUGGAGGUGGUGGAUACGGUGGAGGCGGCGGUGGAUACGGUGAUAGACGUGGAGGCGGCGGUUACGGAUCUGGAGGUGGCGGCCGUGGAGGUGGCGGUUACGGAUCUGGAGGUGGAGGAUACGGUGGUGGUGGUGGCAGACGUGAUGGAGGUGGUUACGGAGGUGGUGAUGGUGGCUACGGAGGAGGAAGUGGAGGCGGUGGAUGGUAAUCGAAGAUGAAGUGGUUGUUUUGCUGCUCUGUUUUCGGUUUAGAUUUGAUUCCGUAUGAAUGUUUCUCCGGUUUGGUUUGGUUUACUUUUUUGUUGUAACGGAUCGUUAAAGUCUUGCUUGCCUUAGACGAAAUGUUAAAUCGCAUCUUGUUCUCUAAAUUAUAAGCUUCUCUUGAUUUCUUUUUU